CCAGAUCUCGCAAGCCCCGCGUACGUAGAGCGAAACAUCCGUGUGCGCGUGCCAGAGUCUGAUGCUUGUAUAUCCGCGGUGACCUGACGGGCCGGGCCGCAUGCUGCGAGCCGGUGUAUGCUGAGCACGCAGCACGAUGUACGAGGCAAGUCAACCCGCCGAGCCAGGCAACAUCAGCAACGGCACAAGCAUAGUCAGGAAGCAGCAACGCGGAGGCUGUCGCACGCAGCGUCAACCGUGAACACAUAUCGAAAAGGGUUGACAGUCGUGAGGGAUACGACGAGAGAAGAAAGCUCUGAGCAUGCGGAGCUUCCUGACGACCCAAGGCUAAGACUGCCCACGACGAGGAUUGACGGCGGGUCUGAUGGCCGAUGCUUAGGCGUGAGAGUAGCAUUCACCAGCUGUGAGGUUAUGGUUUCAAAUCAGAAGCGAGCAGGUCUCAGAAAGCAAAAACAUGGAAAGUCAAGGUCGGGUGGCCUCAACAGACGGCGCGCAGCUUUACGUAUAUACCGCACACACGAAGCGGCUGUGGCAGGCUGGCCAGCAGGGCGCGCCUGUUGCCUAGCUGCGAUGCAUACGCGGCGCGGACGCGCUCACAAGCAGCGGCAGCAGCAGCAGCAGCAAAACCUGGCAAAGUCUUGUGUUGCUGUCUGCUGAAGCAUGUGCUGAUGCAUGCGCUUAUAACGAUGAACGUCAGCAGCAGCCAGCAGCCGCGGGCAAUAAGUAGCUGCAUGGCGAGCAGCAGGCAGCCGGAUGCUUGCUGCAUUCCCCGUCUCUUCCCAUUCCACAUGCUUUCGCCGCGCGACACGCAACCUCUACCGCGGUCAGGCAGGCAG